AUGCGUGUGGAUUUAGGCUUGGCGUGCAAGCAGUUGGUGUUCUGUUUCGUCCCCACGGUAGAGGAUGCUGGUAAUCCUGCCCCUAUUCCGGUGGUUUCGUCACAGUGCCGUCUUCGUCUGCAAAUCAUGAUUCCGUUUGACCGUGUUCUGCCCUUUACUUACCAACUGGCAAUUGAUGUUGUCAGAGAAAUUCUAACUGAACACUACCAUAAGAGGGAAAAGCCCCUGAAGUCUGAACAUCUGCUCGAAUUUCUACGGUUUUGCCUUAAAACCUACUUCACAUUUGGAGGACAAAGGUAUGAAGAAAUUAAAGGCACCCCAGUGGACUCCUCCCUCUCAGGCCUGAUUGCUGAAGUGGUCCUCCAACGGAUUGAACACUUCGUCUUCACCAAGUAUCAACCGAAGUUUUGGGCUCUUUAUGUGGAUGGGACUUUCAUCAUUGUCAAAACAUCCGAUAUUGAGCACCUCAAAGAAUUACUAAACUCGAUACCGAGGGAUGAGAUUGAGGUCUUGGAAAAAUCCCUUAGUCUCCCAACUACGCUGUCUUCAAAAAUGUUGGGUCAGUGGAGAGUUUAUGAUCUCCUCCUCCACCGAUACAAGGCCCAGAUUCAAUGUGCCCUUCGCACAGUAGCCUUUGCGGCCUUUACUUAUAUGCGCCUGUUUGCAGUGAUUGGUUCGUGCAAAGCCGGAACCGGCAAGCUAGUUUUCUGCGUUCGUUGCGUUCUGCUUGAUCUCAUCGUACAUGCCUAA